CGUCUGGUGCCUGGACUCAUCCGAAGGUACAGUGAGCAAUGCCGUGUAUAUAAUUCAUUAUCAAAAAUGGCUGACUUGAAGGCGCUGGAACACGCAACAUUGAAGGUACCAUAUGAAACACUGAACAAGAAGUUUCGCAACUGCCAGAAGACAAUUGACAGAGAAGUCUCACAUGUGAUGCAGGUUCACAACGAAUUGGAGAAAUGCUUGGAGAAUACGUCGACUACCGUCGGAACAGUGGUUAACAUUCUAGACUCUAUGGUGGACAAGCUAAGUGCUCUCAAAAGAAAGGCUAACGAGUCUAUCACCCAAGAGGAGGACAGUGCCCGAGUGGUCAAGCGCCGUCUCGAGCAUCUCAAGGAGUAUGAGGGAUCUACAGGUGCAGCCCUGGCCUACUGGAAGAAGAAGCGAGUGGAUCGUAUGCUGGUGGAGUACUUCCUGAGAGCUGGCUACUACGACACAGCCGUCAAGUGUGCUAGGCAUUCUAAUAUAGAGGAACUAACAAAUAUAGAGCUAUUCCUAGUAGCCAAGGAAGUGGAGGAGUCGCUACUAAGACGAGAAACAUCAUCCUGCCUAAACUGGUGCCACGACAACAAAUCCAAACUUAGAAAAAUAAAGAGCACACUUGAAUUCAACCUACGAACCCAGGAGUUCAUUGAACUCAUCUUGCUCAACAAGCGCGUGGAGGCGGUACGCCACGCUCGCAAGUUCUUCGGCUCCUUGGAGGGGGAGCAGCUAGCCGAAGUCCAGAGGGUCAUGGGUCUUCUGGCGUUCCCAGCAGACACGGACGUCUCGCAUUAUAAGGAGCUACUAGACGGUCAUCGCUGGCAGCAGAUUGUGGACCAAUUCAGGGAGGAGAACUACAAGUUGUAUCAACUGAACAUUACCCCUGUCUUAACGGUCUCGCUAGAGGCGGGAUUGGCUGCAAUGAAAACACCGCACUGUUAUAGUGACAGCAACAAGAAUGCAGAUUGCCCAGUAUGCAGUAAGAACCUGAACGAGUUGGCCAGGAACCUUCCCUACGCACACUGUGCCCAGUCCAGGCUAGUCUGCACAAUUUCAGGCAAUAUAAUGAAUGAACACAAUCCACCUAUGAUGCUUCCAAAUGGAUACGUAUACGGAGAAUUAUCCCUCAAAAAUAUGGCUGCAGAAAAUAACGGGGUGGUAAUCUGCCCCAAGACGAAAGAGAAAUUCACCAUAGACCAAGUUGAGAAGGUCUUCAUCAUGUGAGGUGGCUGGGGCCAACCGUGUGCGGCAGCAGAAACAGCAGCUUCUAACGAUCAACCUCAGCAUGGACUGUUUUGGAUCACAGAGAAAUUCCUGGAAUAAACCUGUGUAUCUUCUUACAGGUGAUUAUUGGCCUGAAAAUUCACGAAUGAUAAAACUCUCAAAAUCGGCAAAACAAAACCCCACCGUCCUAUAGUGAGUAACUGCUUGUUAGGCGUUUUGGCAAAAUGAGACAGAACUGGGCAGAGGGAAAAAUGAGGGUUUGCAGGUUUUAAGAAAGAGAAUACAAUUAUCCUUACAAUACUGUUUGUUGCACUUUAAUCAGGCAUUCCAUUGACAAGUUAUGGCUGUUUGAAGUUUGCAUUUAUUGACAGAAAAGUAAAAACCUGAGAAAAAGGUUUUCAAAGUUUCAAGCUUAGUAGUUGUGGAACUGAAAGAUGCAAGUUGUUUUUCCUUAAAAACACUUUCAUUCCACAUUUUUUUAAGACUUUUUUUUCUAUCUUGAAACGUGUGGUAGACAUAUCAAAGAUAACAAAUAUCAAUAAAUCUGAAAAUCGAAGAAAAAAAAAACCCUCAUUUGGUUUUUCCUUUUUGCCCAGUAAGGCCUGUUCCCAAUUUCGUCUCAUUUUGCGAGAAGGCCUCACAUAUUUGAUGUGCAUGGUGGACACAAUAUGAGGGCGCUAUUUAGAGUUUGUAAACUACUCUCGUAUUUAUCCAAUUUACCUACUUUAAAUAGUGCCCUGGUAUCGUGUCUAUCGUAUCUCAAAAAGGCUAUAAAUUCCCAUGGCUUUUCAGCGCCCAAAAUUAGUCGUUACAAGUACGGUGAAAGCGAAAAUUAUUCAAAGUAAUCGUUUUAUUCGCUGAAAAUAUGUACUGCUCUGCAUAUGCUGUGCAUCGAUAUCAACCCUUUAGUUAUAGCAGAAAGUCCAUAUUAUAAAAUUCAGGGAACUGCCAAAAAGGUGUUGAGUGUAGCGAUCUACAGCAUGAAUAUACACGGUGAAUCUGCAGCCAGGCACAGUGAUCAUUGUAAGCGAAAUACUCCCGAGAGCCAAUGAAGGGUACAUGGUAUGCUCAUUAGUUUGGAGGGAAAAUAUUGCAGUAAAAUGUCCUGCUCAAGAACAAUAUUGUGCAAAUACGGGAUAUUGAGUAAACAAAAAUAUAACAUUGAAGAAAAAAAGAUAUUGCAAGCACUGGACAUCAGUGUUGCUUUCUUCAUGUGAAGCCAACAGAACGGAACUGAAGAUGUUUUGCAGGAUUUUUCAGAAUUCAGGAAAGUGGAGGUGGAGCCUAGCCACUUUUUUUGGGGGGGGAGUGGGUAGCCUUGAACAUAUUAAUAUAAAGAUUAUGCCAUUGGUUUUCUGCACAGUGGUGAUUUUAGGGGAUUAAGACGAGAAAAUUCAAAGGGAAUUUGGGUUAAUAAGUCCUUUUUUUUUUAAUCAGUACAAAUUCAUGGUUUAAGAUGUAAGAGGUGAGUGAAGAAUAACAGGCCAGUGUUUUGGAGGAAAUCAUUAAUAUGCACAUAAUUAUUAUUAACGCACAUAUUUAUCACUCUUAUUGACUCCGUGUGCGAACAGGAGAUGGCGCCCCAGUGGGGGGGACGCAACGCAUGCGCGUACCGGUUGCGCGUGUAUCGCACAAAGUGCGCACAACUAUGCACUACACAAUCUUGUAUGUAGUGCCUUCGCAUAGGCGACGUGCGUCGUCAGCAAUGUGUUCAAAUGUCCUUCCCAGUGGUCUCCCCCAACUCUCCCUUCCUAACUAUUGAGGGAGUACUUGUGCACAGAGGCAAUUACCAUAACCAAGCCACCUAGGUAUUUGGAUUAAAAAAUUACUGAUGGCCAAUAUUGCAUAUUAAGUUGCAGUCUUCUUAUUAACAAAGUCAUUCUGAAGUUGCAAAACUUCUGGGUUUUUUUAAUUGUUUGAAUUUUAUACUUGUGAUUAUUUCCAUAAUUUUGGCAAUAUUUCCCUGUUGGACCACUUUGCGUUGUUAACUUGUUGUGACAUUUUUUAUUGUAUCAUUUUGGAGUUUGUUAUAGAUAAUUCAUUGAUAAUCUAAGAGUUUUGUUCAAAGUGUCGUUUACUGAAAUAUUAAAAUGAAGCUCACCAAAAGAGAUCCGGAUAAACUCGAUAUUGUGCUAAGGUAUAGACCGAUCCGAGAACACCACCACUUCUAUCACGGAGGCCCCCUUUCAUGGCGAAAGCAUUGUGCUAGCUUUUGUUCAGAUAAUCAGUCAUGGAGACAUUGCUUUUUAUAACAUGCACGAUGGUUUCUCCAUUGAAGGGGGCCUUGUUAGUGUAAAGUGGUCACGUGCCCAGAUUGAUUCAUAUGAAAGGUACUAUUUUGUUGAACCUAAAAUAAACACCGCAAAAAAA